AUGACCGUAACCCAGUCCCCUAUUUGGAAAACAGGUGUAAUAUCCGCGGCCUUUGUCGAGCUGCCUGUCUCAAAGCAGCAGCCCGAGCCGGUGGCUCAGCAGCCGUCUAGCCAGCCUGGCCAUGAGGCGCCUUAUAUGACACCAGUCUCUCGCGACGUUGCUUCGUUGGUCGCCCAGCGUAACACCCGCAACAAGCGUCUGAGUCGUCGUCAAAUCGACAGCUCCGAGCUUGCCGUCAAGGCUUGCCAGAAGUUGCGGAACCAGACCGCUAGCACAAAAUGCAAGUCCCAGAUCGGAGACCGUCUCAUUGACUUUGCAACUGACCUGAUUGUUUCGACCUGGCCCUCCGACACCGUUUCGCGGAAAAUGGUCCGCCACUUUAUUUCGGAGGCUGUGCGCCGCUCUUGCACUUCGUAUGCUCUGCUGCAAUUAGCCGUCUACUACUGCUCGUUGGCCCGUGAGUGGGCAAACAACCGCCGCAAGGACGAUCCAAACGCUCUUGUCGAUUGCGCUACCCUUGGCUGUGGGCGCCGUGUAUUCUUGGCUGCCCUGGUCGUUGCUCAUAAAUACCACAUCGACCGGAGCUUUGGCGCAACUGCGUGGUCCAAAAUUUCUUGCCUUCCCUCCAAGCAAAUCGUCGCCAUGGAACUUGACCUUCUCAAAGCACUUGAUUGGAAGGUCCAUGUUCCUUAUUUAAAAUUCGCUGAAUGGUGCCAUAGUACACUGGAUUUGUCCUCUUUGCUUGUCGCAAAGGAGUCCUCUGGUACUGAAUUCGCUCAUGUAGCAGCAGUGCCGAGUGUCCAGAUGUUGACACCCGAUAAUUCGCCGGUUUCAUAG